AUGUCGGAUUUCGAACUGAACAGAAAACUCGUGAAAGGAGCUUUGGACUUGGACCCCUGGUUGGAGCCUCACGCCAAUGCUUUGAUUAGCCGCCAAUUGCAGUUCAAGCAAUGGCAGGACACGCUCACCAAGUCCGAGGCCUCGCUUUCCGACUUUGCUUCUUCGUACGAGGUGUACGGGCUUCAUGCCGACAAAACCACCAACCAGAUUGUGGCCCACGAAUACAUUCCGGAUGUCGUGAGCGUGUCUCUCGUGGGCGACUUCAACAAUUGGGACACGGCAAGUCACGUGUUAGAGCGUGUCAAUGAGUACGGGCUCUGGAAAUUGGUGCUUCCACCCACACAAAGCGGGGAUUUCGCCAUUGAGCACGACUCUCGCUACAAGCUCUCGAUGGUUCUCCCCUCUGGCGAGCGGAUCUUCCGCCUCGACCCGUGGGGAACCCGUGCCACGCCUGCAAAGGAGAACUUUUUGUAUGAGGGCCGCUUCUGGAACCCACCUGAGACGUACACGUUCCAAAACGCAAGACCCAGGUUUGAAGAUCAUGAUGGCAUCAAGAUCUACGAGGCCCACGUGGGCAUCUCGUCGCCCGAGCCCAAGAUCGCGUCGUACAAGGAGUUCUCCCAAAAGACGUUGCCCAUCAUCCACAAACUCGGAUACAACACCAUUCAGUUGAUGGCCGUCAUGGAACACGCGUACUAUGCGAGUUUUGGGUACCAGGUCACCAACUUUUUCGCGGUCUCGUCUCGCUACGGCACGCCCGAAGAACUCAAAGAAUUGGUGGACCACGCGCACAAGUUGGGGAUCCGGGUCUUGCUCGAUGUCGUUCACUCUCAUAGCUCGAAGAAUGUCGACGACGGCUUGAACAACUUCAACGGGACCGACCACUAUCUUUUCCAUGGUGGUAGCAAGGGAAACCACGACUUGUGGGACUCGCGGCUCUUCAAUUAUUCAUCCUACGAGACGUUGCGCUUCCUCUUGUCCAAUCUCAAGUUUUUUGUGGAUGUGUACCAAUUCGACGGAUUCCGCUUUGACGGUGUGACCAGUAUGUUGUACAAACACCAUGGGCUCUCUUAUGGGUUCAGCGGUGACUACAACGAAUACUUCAACCCCGACUUGGUCGAAAACGACGCGAUAACUUACCUCAUGUUAGCGCACAAGUUGCUCGGCGAGAUCAGCGUUAAGAACGACAACUUCAAGUUUAUUUCCAUUGCCGAGGACGUCAGUGGCAUGCCCACUUUGUGUUUGCCGAUCGAGCAAGGCGGGAUUGGUUUUGACUACAGGUUAUCCAUGGCCAUUCCAGACAUGUGGAUCAAGAUCUUGAAGCACUUGUCGGACGAGCAAUGGGACCUCGGAAGCAUUGUAUUCACUUUGACCAACAGAAGGCACGGGGAAAAGUGCAUCAGUUACUGCGAGUCGCACGAUCAGGCCUUGGUGGGCGACAAGACCCUCGCGUUCUGGCUCAUGGACAAGGAUAUGUACACCAACAUGUCCAAGCUUUCGCCAUUGACAGACGUUGUCUCAAGAGGAAUUGCUUUACAUAAGAUGAUCAGAUUGCUUACUUUUGGAUUGGGCGGUGAGGGCUAUCUCAACUUCAUGGGCAAUGAAUUUGGCCACCCUGAAUGGUUGGACUUCCCAAGAGAGGGGAACAAUGAGUCCUACCACUACGCAAGACGCCAAUUUAAUUUAAUUGAGGAUGACUUGUUGAGAUACAGAUUCUUGUUUGAUUUCGACGCGGAGAUGCUCCAUUUGGAUACCAAGUAUGGGAUUUUGAAUGCGCCACAGGCAUACGUGUCUUUGAAGCACGAGGGCGACAAAGUGGUUGUAUUCGAGAGAGCAGGCCUCUUGUUCAUCUUCAACUUUCAUCCCACCAGCUCCUUCCCAGAUUAUAAGGUUGGAGUGGAGACUGCGGGCGAGUAUCAGAUAGUCCUCAAUUCUGACACGGAGAAUUUGGGCGGCUUCUCCCGAAUCAAUGAUGUCACUGCCACGGGCGCUAAGAUGAGUUUCGCGACUAAGCCAGAGCGUUGGAAUGACAGAAGCAACUCCUUGUUCAUAUACAUUCCUUCCAGGACGGCACUCGUGUUGCAAUUGAAAGAAAAAGUGUGA